AUGCAGACCAUCCGUCGCACCGCUACAAGCCAGAAGAGCCAGGCGGCCUCCGUGGCUCGCCUGAGCUCAGGCUCCAAUUUCGUCGCCAGGGCUGUGUCUGUCACCAGGACAGCGGGUCGUGUGGCGGCCCGUGUGGAGCGUAAAGUGGUGGCGAAGGUCUCCGCCGCAGCUGCAACCGCUGACAAGGCCGCCGCGGCCCCCGGCGCGAGCGCUAAUGGCGGCGGCGGCGGCGGCACCCGUGUGAUGAUCAUCGGCGGCGACGGCUACUGCGGCUGGGCCACCGCGCUGCACCUGUCGGCGCGCGGCUACGCCGUCAGUAUCGUGGACAACCUCUGCCGCCGCCAGUUUGACCUCACCCUGGGGCUGGACACGCUGACGCCCAUCGCCACCGUCCACGACCGCGUGCGCCGGUGGGGCGAGAUCAGCGGGAAGCACAUCGACCUGCAGAUCGGGGACAUCUGCGACUGGGAGUUCCUCUCGCAGGUCAUUGGGGUUUUGGGGGUUUGUGGGGGGCUGCUCCCGCGGAAAACUUUGCAGUAG